AUGGGAGGUGCAAUGUCGUCAAUUAUUCCCGGCAUUUAUGUCGGAGGUUUAACCAGUGCUAGGUCUGAGAGGGAAUUAAAUGAUUUUGAGAUUACGCAUAUAUGCAGUGCCUUUCAAUAUCCCCUCAACUUAGAUAUCAAACGUACUCACCGUCAGUUUAUUAUUCGAGACUCUCCUGAAGCUGAUAUAUCAAAAUUUUUCACAGAUGCUAUUGACUUCAUACAUGGCGCUCGAGUUAACCAUGGAAAUGUGCUUAUUCAUUGUGCCUGUGGAAUAUCACGAAGCGUUUCAAUAACAAUGGCAUAUCUUCUUUGUGUCACAGAUUUCAGUCUUAGAGACAUUUAUAAAGCAAUGCGCGCUGCUCGACUUGGUGCCUCUCCUAACUCAGGCUUUAUUGUAAGUUUUAUUGUAAAUCUGCAUGUAUUUGGUGUACCAUGUAACUAG